AUGACUAUCUCCCCUAAGAUCCCGCAUCUCCGACAAGCGGGAAACACAAAACAGCUUGUUGUCAAUGGACGACCUUUUCUUUCUCUAGCUGCAGAGCUGCAGAACUCUUCUAUGACUUCUGCAGAGUUCAUGCGACCUAUCUGGCAGAAACUGGUUGAUACAAACAUCAACACUGUUCUCGGGUGUGUUACUUGGGAGGACAUUGAGCCAGUGGAAAAUCAAUUUGAUUUCACACAGCUGGAUCAGGUCAUCCUAGAUGCACGAAAGCAUGGGUUACACUUAGUACUCUUAUGGUUUGGCUCUUUCAAGAACGGCAUAUCAACAUACGUCCCCCCGUGGGUUAAGACAAACACCCGCCGCUUCCCUCGCGCAAAUUUACGAAAAUCCGGCGGGGUUCUACAAACAGGCGACGUCCUGUCAAUCUUCCAUGAAGAAGCACUCAAUGCCGAUGCAAAGGCAUUCUCUACUCUGCUCAGACACAUCAAAGAGGUCGAUGGCGAACAUUCUACCGUCGUGAUGAUCCAAGUCGAGAAUGAGACGGGCCUCUUAGGCGAUUCUCGUGACGGCUCUACUGCAUCAGAGGAACGUUUCAAUUCGCCCGUCCCAGAAGAUCUGCUACAAUUCCUAGCACAUGAUUGGGAUAACCUCCACGUCGAUCUACGAAGAAACUUGGAGUUUUUCAAGGCCCAGUCCAACCCUAACGGCACUUGGACGCAAGUCUUCGGCAAAGGCUCACGUACGGAUGAGCUCUUCAUGGCGUACCAUUAUGCGCAGUACCUAAAUAAGGUUGCUGCAGGUCGGAAGGAAUACCCCAUUCCACUUUAUACAAACGUUUGGCAAAACUACGUCGGCGAAGAUGGCGAUAACGAUUUCCCCGUUAUUGUUGGGGGCGGCGGUGACCCAGGUGACUACCCCUCGGGUGGUGGUACAGGCACUGUUCUUGAUAUCUGGCAGAAAUUUGCUCCAAAUCUGGACUUCAUCGCACCAGAUGUCUACCUGAAUGAUUACUCCAGCUCGUGCCAUAAAUACCGCCACCGCAACCAACCACUAUUCAUCCCCGAGCAACGCCGGGAUGAGUAUGGUGCUCGACGCAUAUGGAUUGCAUAUGGUUCCUAUCAGGCUAUUGGGGUAUCGCCCUUUGGCAUUGAUACAUUAGAGCCUUCAACAAAUCCAUUCACCAGACACUAUGGUCUGCUGAACUCCGUUUCCCAGCUUGUCCUCGAUGCUCAGACCCGCCCAGACUCUUCUGUUGGAUUCUAUUUUGACGAACUCGCCGAUGAUGGCAGUGAUCCCUCCAAGCCCGUGAUUAAACACUGGGGCGGAUAUGAGGUUACCAUUGAACGCUGUUUCGUCUUUGGCAAGGCUGGACCUGGCGCGGGUAUGGUUAUACAUCUUGGCGGACCUAGAUUCCUGUUGAUUGGCUGGGGAUUCCAGGUGCGCGCGCGCUCGUUAUCGCCAUCCAGCAGCUUCACGGGAUUUCUACGAUUCAAGGAGAAGAUUGUGGCAAAUAAGGAGACAGGAGAGCUGCGCACAUUGCGCACGCUAAACGGUGAUGAGACCCGUAGCGGAAUUUAUGCUAUGAUGCCAAACGAGGACCCAGACUACGGCGGCUUCCCAAUAUGCGUCACGAUUCCUGCUCAUACCAUGAUCGCGGAAUUAGAACUGUACUCCAUUGAGGAAAAUGAUGACUGA